ACUCAAUCUUGGUAGUUUACAAAUACACCAAUUCAAAUUAAUUGAAAUAUUUGUUAUAUCCAUGUUACCCAUGCUUGGAACUAAAUACAGUUGGGUGAUAAAAAUUGCGGAUAUGCAACGAUACUUAAUAACAGUUCCAUGCAGAUACCAGAUUAUAAAUAUAAGCCAAAUAGCUAGGCAAAAUUUAGUUGUUGGUGAGACUCUGGAGUUUCAAGUGAGUUGUGAACAAGGGCUUAAUUUUCAUGUUCCGUUGCAUUGGAGUUGAUGACCUACCGAAAAAUAUACACACCCAUUUAUUUACGUAUACAUACUUAGAUACUUAGGGACCAUCUAUUUUCAAUCAGAAAUAACUUCGAAAGAUGUGGUUACUGGAAAUAUUUUCAUGUAUUUUUUUAUUUUCUGGAAUUCAAUGUCACCUAAUGCAUUCAGAGGUGCUAGAUUAUGAUGAUCUAGAUACAGACUAUAACAAUGGUUUUGAUGGGUUGCGACGUGCAUUUAGAGAUGGACUUCCUGAGAGACGGGAAUAUCAACAGCAAUGUCCCCGAACAUUGCCUUGUGAUAUAAUGGCAGAGCCUUUAAAGACUAUCCAUGCCCUCCUUAUUCAGUUGGAAGCACUUACUAGUUCUUAUUGUAACAAAGGACUCCGUACCGCAAGAUUUCAAUCACCAAAUCUACCACCGGUCUCAACGGAUUUCAUGCAGCUAAACCAUUUUUCUCAAUCACUUGACAAUGCUGCGUUUCCUAAGAUUCUUCCUUAUCAUCCCCCUGGAGCUGCUAAGUAUGGCUUAGAACAGCUCAAGCCAAAUAUCUUGGGUCAAGUUAUGUACCCAAGUAUGCAUACAGGAAGACAAUAUCAAGCCCACAAAAAACUCAGAACAAAGGCAUGUACUUCAAGGCGAUCUGGUAGUGGAGGGGAAAAACACACCGCUGUAUCGGCAUUGCCGCAACCAGUCCCAGAAGAAGAAAAGGGUCAUGUAACGACGGAGAUUAUACCUGACGCGGUUGAAACACGAGCAGAGGAUGAGGUUGAAAGCGCAGUUACUAUACCAAAUCAUGACAGUACUCGGUUAUUACCGAACUACGAAGGGCCGGAAGAUAUCAAGGUUGAUUGAUCAUAUAAAUUAGUGCAAUGUACAACUCGUAUUUAAAAUUUCCAACUAAAUACAAAUAAUUAAAAAAAUAUCCAAUGACAA